AGCAUUGUAAAAUUUGCGUUUCUCUGUCCCUUUUACAUUUAAAAAUUUUGCAUUCUUGCAGCCUUGACUCAGUGACCUUUUAAAAGUGCCAACCUAAACCUUGCCUCUACCAGAUAGCGUAUCAUUACACGAGCAACAUACAAAGAGCAGAGGUGAUCUGAAGAGGAAGAAAUUAGGGCAAUUAUUUUGGGUUCUUUCCUCUUUGUGGUUAAUGUUUUACAAUUUGUACCGUCGACACCUUCAAUUGAUGGAUAUGUGUAGAAACACGAGCACAGAGAAAGAGAAUACGAGGAACACGAUGUAACGUGGAAAAACCCUCAACAAGAGGAAAAAAACCACGGAUGAGGAGGAGCUGGUUGCCCACUAGCCGUCAGACUCUCUCUCUCUCUUAAGAUUUCAUUACCCAUAAGGAUUAGGGUUACACGACUUAAGUAAUGCCCAACAAGGGCUACAAGAUGGAUCGGGUAUGGAUCCCGAGACCCGUCUAAUAUACUUCAACACUCCCCCUCAAGUUGGGCAUACAUAUCAAACAUGCCCAACUUGGAUACAUUUCUCUCGAAUGAAGUAGAGGAUAGAGCCUUCGUCAGAACAUCGGCGGUUUGGUCUUCAGACUUCUUGUAAGGUAGGAUUAAUUCCUUAGCAUCAAUCCUUUCACGAAUGAAGUGACAGUCAAUCUCAACAUGCUUUGUUCUGUCGUGUAGAACAGGGUUGUUGGCUAAAUUGAUUGCAGACUUGUUAUCACAGUACAUCUUCAUAGGUCCUUCAAUCUUUAUUCCAAUAUCAGUCAGCAAUAUUUUCAACCAUAGUAACUCUGACACUCCCAUAGCAACGACUCUAUAUUCUGCCUCUGCACUAGAUUUGCUCCUCUAUACGACAAGGUUUCUUCUCAAGUAGAUACAAUACCCUGUAGUAGACCGUCUGGUAUCAGCACAACCUGCCCAGUCUGCAUCUGAAUACCCCUCGAUCUCUACAGUCUCUUGUUUCACGUACAAGAGUCCCUUGCUAGGAUUUCUCUUCAAGUAACAUAAUACUCUGUCCACAACCUUCAAAUGUGCAUCAGUAGGAGCAUGCAUGAAUUGACUCAAUACAUUCACCGCAAAAGUGAUAUCUGGUCUCGUGAGGGUAAGAUAAAUCAACUUCCCAACCAGACGUUGAUAUCUUCCCUUAGCUUCUUCAUAGAGCAGCUCUCCAUCUCUAAGGCUCAACUUGUGUCCAGUGUCAAGUGGGGUAGAAGCAGGUCUACACCCCAAUUUACCAGUCUCUUCCAAUAGAUCUAAUGUGUAUUUCCUUUGGUUUAGCACAAGGCCGGUACUAGAUCUAGCAAUCUCAAUGCCAAGAAAAUACCUCAGCUUGCCAAGAUCCUUGAGAUCAAAUUCCGUAGCUAGUAACCCUUUCAACUUGAUGAUCUCCUCCUCAUCAUUACCUGUGACCAAUGUUGUACGUAUCGUACGAUACGACCCCGUAUCGUAUCGUUUGAAGAAAACGAUACGAUACACCCCUCGUAUCGUAAAAAGGGGGUGUAUCGGCCCUGUAUCGCACGUAUCGUACGAUACAGGGCCCGUAUCGUACGAUACGGGGCGAUACACCCCGUAUCGUACGAUACGGCCUAAAAACGCAAAAGGGGGCCGAGACCUACUUAUUCGGCUUCUUUUUCAAAUUUUUCUUCCGUUCUUCAUUUCUAACGCUUGGAUAGUGCCGUGAGGGAGGGCGAUCGUUCAUUUUGACCGUGAAGAACUUGAUUUUCAUCGUCAAAUCGAAGAUUAAGUGGUCGAUUUGUGCGUGGGUGCUUGAUUUUCGUGGGAAGGAAAUGGGUUUUCUUCAUUUCAGACAUUUCUUCUUCGUAAGGUAUGAAAUCUCAUGUUCUUACCAUGUAUUCUUAAUUUUUUACCGUAUAAUCGUAGAUUUGAAGACUUUGAGUGUUUUUCAUUAAGUUUACCAUAGGAUUUCGUUUUUUUUUUUGAAGAUAUGGAUCCUACAUGGCAAUGGUGCGAAAGGGUGAAGGAGAAUAACCGUUUGAAACUCAAAUGUGGCUUCUGUGGGAAUACACUUUCAGGAGGGAUUAUUAGAAUGAAACACCAUUUGGCAGGGACCUCCAAAGAUGCGUCUCCUUGUGUUGGAGGACCAAACAAACCUUUGCCUCCAUUUGUGCGUCAACAAUGUUUAGAUAUGCUUCAUGCUUUACGUCAAAAGAGAAUACAAAAAGAAAUUGAAGAUGCAGAUGUAGGCUAUAAUGUGCCUUUGGAAGAUGAAGAAGAAGAGGAUGAAGCUUAUGAAUGUGAUGAUGAAGACGAUAGCAGUCUAAGAACAGAUUUGGAGACCUCAAGAGGUAGAGAUCGUAGAGGAAAAGGGAUUAUGUAUGAAGGAGGUCGAUCUGGCAUAACGGGAAGGAAGAGGAGAGGCACAACAGAUGUUAGGGCCAGGCGUGGUAUGCGACCACCUAGUGGUAGAGUUCCUACUGGUAGGUCUAGUGUUGGCUCUAUUAAGAGUUUUUUCCCUUCAUAUACCAGCCCAGGUGGUCAGCCGCAGAUUCGUGCUGCUAUGACAUCUAAAGAUAUGCUAUAUCAUGCACAAAAGCAGGUAGGGAAAUGGUUUUAUGAUGCCUGUAUUCCAUUCAAUGCAGCUAAUUCUUUUCAAUUCCAAGCCAUGGCAGAUGCAAUUGCUUCUAUAGGCCCCGGAUUCAAAAUGCCAUCAUAUCAUCAGUUGAGAGGCAAAAUUCUUCAGGAUACAGUCAAAGAAGUGUCUGAGCAUUGCGAUGAGUUGAAAUUAUGUUGGAAGGAAACAGGUUGCUCCAUUAUGUCAGAUGGUUGGACUGAUACAAGGUCAAGAACACUUGUAAAUUUUCUUGUGUAUUGCCCUAAAGGUACAAUGUUCUUGAAAUCUCUUGACUUGUCUGAUGUUCCUAAGACUGCUGAGAUUUUAUUCAAUGUUUUUGAUAAUGUUGUACAAGAAGUUGGACCUGCAAACAUUGUACAGUUUAUUACAGAUAAUGCUGCAAAUUAUAGAGCUGCAGGAGAUUUGUUAUUUCAAAAGUAUAGAACAUUUUAUUGGAGUCCAUGUGCCACUCAUUGUGUUAAUCUAAUGCUUCAAGAUCUUAAUGAGAUGCAUGAUAUGAAAUCAGUCAUUGACCAAUGUCAAGAGGUAACAAAAUUUAUCUAUAAUCAUGCAUAUGUAUUGAGUUUGAUGAGAAAAUUUACAAAAGGAGUUGAAUUAAUACGACCUGCACAAACUAGAUUUGCCACAAAUGUAUUGACUGUGCAGAGUGUGGUGAAACAAAGAACUCCUUUGAGACAGAUGUUUGUUAGUGAAGAAUGGGCUGCAUAUCCACAUGCUCAUAAAAGAAAUGCUUCUUUAGUUGUGGAUAUUAUAUUCAAUAACGUAUUUUGGGAAUCAUGUGUGAAGCUAUUGAAGGUUUGUGUUCCAUUAGUUAAGGUUCUCAGGUUGGCUGACAGCGAGGACAGACCUUCUAUAGGGUACUUAUAUGAGGCUAUGGACAAAGCAAAAGAGGCAAUUCGAGACAACUUAAAGGAAAAGAAAAAGUUAUAUAUGCCCAUAUGGAAGAUUAUAGAUAAAAGGUGGACUGGACAGCUUCAUCAACCUCUUCAUGCAGCAGCUUAUUAUCUAAAUCCUGCAAUUAGAUUUUCUCCUACAUUUAAGAAGGACAGAGAAGUCAUGCAUGGUUUGUUAGAUUGUAUUAAUGUGUUAGUUGAAGAUUCUACAGAACAAGAUGCUGUGCACAAUGAGUUGGAUCUAUAUGAUAGUUGUUUUCGGAACAUGGGACUACCUGCCGCCGUUCGAGCCAGGACAACGAUGCGUCCAGAUUUGUGGUGGAAUAGGUAUGGGUUUGAUUGUCCAAACCUAGCACGUUUUGCAGUCAAAGUCCUCAGCCAGACAUGCAGUGCUAGUGGAUGCGAAAGGAACUGGAGUGUGUUCCAACAUAUCCAUAGCAAAAAAAGGAAUAGGCUCGAACAUAAAAGGUUGAAUGACCUUGUCUUUGUUCGAUAUAAUAUGAGGUUGAAACAAAUAGAAUUAGAAAAAUCAUUAGCAAGGAAGCACACAUCUCAGUUCGAUCCUAUCAGCUUGGAAAAUUUUGACGAUCUAGAGCCAUGGAUUGAAGAAGAACCAGCUACAAUAUUUGAUGAUGAAGAUCUUGAAUGCUUCAACCUUGAAGUUGAAGCAACAGAAGGCUUUGUUGAUGAAGGAGAGUCUGCUACUGCUGGUGCUGGUGCUGAAUAUGUUGGUGAAGAUCUUCCAAUUCUUGACGAUGAAGAAGAAGAAGAAGAUGAAGAUGAAGAUGAUGAAGAUUAUGAAUGAUGAAUCAUGAAUGAGAGUCAAGUCAAGAGUGCUUUCAUUUUAUAUGUAUCAAAAACAUAGGAGUUAUGAAUCUAUGGUUGUUGAACACUUGAUUGAAUGUUUUAUCAUUUAUGACUUUAUCACUUUAUGGCUUAUGGCCU